CGCCCGUGCCUGGGGGGAGUGGCACUUCUGGUUUGUUUAUUUUCGGUUGUGGUAGUGAUAUUUUGCUUUACUGUGAGAGAAGAUGCUGUUAACGCUUCCCAAAGCUUCACUUGAUGCAAAGCUGGCAGAUAAGUUCCUCAAUGGAAGAGGUGUUAAAAACUGCCCACGACACUAUGGAAACACUCAGACAAAAUAGUAAUUUACUGACACCUGUGAGGAGUUGUUGGGCAGAGUGAUGGAAAUGAAGAGCUUCAACCAUCGCUUCAGUAUGGCGGCAGCUGAAUCUGACAAAGACUCCGGAUAUUCAGAUGGAAGUUCAGAAUGCCCAAGUGCUAUGGAGCAGACGGACUCCGAGGAUGUGCUGAACGCGCUGUGUUGGAAUGCAGAGGAUGGACCUUGGCAAUGCCCGAGGACCACAAGCAGCUCCUUUCCUGCGCUAUCUCCUAUGGUUGUUAUGAAAAAUGUGUUGGUUAAACAGGGGAGUUCAUCACAGCUCCAGUCUUGGACUGUGCAGCCAUCCUUUGAAGUGAUUCCAGCUCAGCCACAGCUAGUGUUUCUUCGUCCAUCAAUCCCACCUCCCAUUAAUCCUCACCCUGUUGGGAAAAAGAGAAAUGACUCCUCUAAUUACCUGCCCAUCCUGAAUUCUUAUCCCAAAAUAGCACCACAGCCCUGCAAAAGAGAUCACUCCUUUGAUCUAGAAGAAUGUCAGGAAACCACUUGCCAUAAACGACUCUGCACAGAAGCACCCAAGAUGGAGACUUCUCCUGGACUGAUGAGCACUAGUUUGCCUGCUAGUUCUUUUUCCCACCUGCCAGUUAGCUUUAAGACCCCUCAGGAUUCUAGCCAGCAAAAUUCUUCAGCUCUGGUGACAAGUGGAAAACUGUCAACUCUUCCUGGUUUUCAUCGUGUUUCCAGUGAUGCUCAGAAAGUGCCGGGUUUGACUCCCCUUUUGCCUUUUGGAACUCUGCAGGCAGCAAAAUGCACGCCUCAUGAGAGCGAGAGUGCGUCACAGACUACAAUGCCUUCUGCAGCGUGGAGCCCUCCAUUGAUACCAGAAGAGGUUUGCACUACCCCUGAGCUGCUCUUGCAGCAACAAAGCAAGUGCAGACGCUUUCAGAAUACGCUUGUUGUGCUACGCAGGUCAGGGUUGCUGGAGAUCACUUUAAAAACCAAGGAGCUCAUUCAUCAGAACCAAGUGACGCAGGCUGAGCUGGACCAGCUGAAGCACCAAACACAACUUUUCAUAGAGGCAAUAAAGAACAAUGCUCCACAGUCAUGGGCAGAGCUAGAAGCAUCUCUAACAGGAUCUGAUAAAGCUAAUAGCAACCUUGAAGACCCCACUUAUCCCAACAUGUAGUAAAAAUGUGCAUAGCUGUUGGUCAAGUUAUUUAUGUGCCUCCUUUUUUCCUGUCUCAAACUUCUACUUGAGCACUUUUUGAGUCAAAGAUUUGCAAAGUCGCAUUGCCAUUAACAAUUUGUCUUCUGGGCCAGCUGUGGGACUGGAAUAGCAUGGUGGGUUCAAGACAGAAUGAGUACUUAGUACUGCAGCGUGACCUUGAAUUUCAUCCUAACUCUGUAAUUCCUUGGUCUGAAGAAGUUUGUAUGUGCUGGCAUGUUCCCAUUCUUGAAGUGAAGACAGUCAUUUGCAGUAUUCUGCAAGCAUCUUUUUAUUCCCAUCUUCACAUAGUUGUUUCUGAGAGUGCAGCAGCAGAACAGGCCCACUGUUGGGCCAUCAUCAGUUCCAAGUAGGUGAAGGGAGUUGGUGUGAGGUGAAAUAAGUCCUUUUCCCAUCCCCUUCCUUAGUUUUGUUAUUUAGAGAAAUUGAAUAGAGAGGAGAAUCUGAAGUUCAGAAUAUAUAUUUUUAGGAAGCGAUUGCCCUAGAAAACAAGAUUAUGGGCUCAGGGUACCUAGAGAUGAAAGGAGGCAGAAAAAAUGAAGUCCAGUUGUAGCUAUUUGAGACAAGGAAAAAUGAGUCUACCAGUGACCUUCUCCAUUCUCUUUCCACUGCUCUAAUAGAGUAUAAAGGAAUGAAGAACUUGCUUUGCAGGGCAGUACCCUCUGACUUAGGGAGAGUUAGCUGGUGGAAAUCUCUCAUAAUUCUUAGAGUACCACAUGGACUUUUUCUCUGACAGUAUGGAGGGUGGGCUGAAGUGGGUGUGCUUACAACUAAUGAGCCUUUCUGCUGAUGUAAUCUUUAUAUGUUCAAUAAAUCUGUGAAUAAAGUUCAGCAGCUGGUUAGAAAUCUCCUACUGGGCAUCAGUCCAGGCUUAAAUAGUAUUUACCAAACUAGAAAAAUCCAGAACUCAUACUCAUACUCAGAAAAAUCUGGAACUCAUACUUAAAUCUGGGGCUCCUUAGGAAGCAUAUCCCUGGAUAAUAGGAAACCUUAACAUUUAUAAAAAGUAAGGAUGUUGAAGCUCUCUGGUGAUAAAUAUGUCAUCAGAUACCAUUCUGUUCAGUUUUCUUAGCUGCCUUUAUUCCUGGGAGCCCUGAUAAAGCUUUAAAACAAUAAGGGCUUUCCUUUUUCGGCUGCAAUAUAAUAAAAUAGGUUAGCUUGGAAAUGCAUUUGGAAAAUUAGUUGACUACAUCAGGAACAGGAUAAGUCCAGAUUCUGGGCAGGAUCUGAAAGUGGUCCAGUAGAUUUGAACAGAAAUGUUAGCCUUGAAUGGAAACUGUAAGCAAUGAACUCAAAGUUUCUUUUGAUCCUCAAAGCUGCAAGAUUUGGUAUUAAGAAGUUAGCUAAAGACAGCUGUCUUGGUCUAAUCAGUCCAAUGGCCUGCUGCAGCUUCAGUUGUUGACAGCUUACAAGUGGGGUAGCUUGAUAGGUCAGACAGACUGUUUUUUGUAUUAAGUUUUAAUAAAUGUUGGUAUUUUUGAUUACUUUUACUAUGUCUUUUUGAAAUUCUACUGUUCUAGUUGGAAUGUAGGUAUUUUCUGUACUUUCAAAGCCCAUUGCUAGCUCUGAAUACUGUACCCCAACACCUCUGUUAUAGAACAUGACCUUUUUGCUAAAACUUUACAGAAAUUGACUGUGAAAUAUGAAUGAAAUAAAGUCUGUACUUGAAAAGUU